AUGGUCCGUAAGAACGAGACUGAGCCCCCUCGCAAGAGGAUGUGCUACUCGACAGCCGAUGGUCCCAGUGUCGAUUCCAAGCCCAUUAUUGUUCGCGUUGGCAAGACCAAACAAGAGUACCACGUCCACGAGAAGCUGCUCCGCGCAAGCUCUGAGUUCUUCAACAACGCACUCAAGAAAGAGUGGAAAGAAGGACAAGAAGCUGCUGUUGACCUACUCGAUACGGAACCAAAGCACUUUGAGGCCUGGACCAAGUUUCUCUACACCGGUCGGGUCUUUUUUCAAGAACAAGAAGCCGAAGGCAUACCCAAAGAUUUGGAGACAGUGGCUUCGGAGAUACUGACAUGGUCGGACCUUUACAGUCUCGGUGACUUCAUAAGAGACACGGAUUUCAGAGAUGCUUUGAUCGACGCCUUGAUCGACUGGAUGUGCGUUAUGGACAAGAUUCCUUUGAGUCUUUCGUCUUUCGUGUAUCCCCAUACAACAAAUGCAUCCGCCCACCGAAGAUUUGCAGUUGACGUACAUGUCCAUGUUUGGGGACGCAAACAAAAUCCAAUCAAGGUUGAACAUCCAGCGGAAUUUUUACAAGACGUUUUGGACGCUAUCAUGCCAGAUCUUCACAAGGGCAUCGCCAGCAGGAAUCCGCGAGAAUGGUUUGAGCGCACUGGAAUCUGCCAAUAUCACGACCACGGACAGAAGAUUUGCUACAAGGCCAAGCCGUCUUUCCGCUUCUGA